UUCUUAUUUUGAGAAGGAGAAGGAAACCUAAAAGAUUUUUUUUUUAUUACACAUUCGAAAUUUAUUUGUCAAAUUCAGGACAAGAUAUGUUUCUCGACAUUUUCCCCUAAGAAUCGCCUUGAGGGGUGUUUAUAAAAUAAAAUUGUCAAUUUUACAAUCCUUCGGAGUGUAUGGUAAAAAUAGCGAAGAAUGAAUCCAAAGGACAUAACCAUCAGUUAACAUAGUGUAGAGGGAUCAGCUGGAGUGGUGGAGAGCUAGUCAAAAUGAAAUAACUCCACAAGAUACCAAGAGCAAGUUACUUUAUUCGGUUUUAAUUUAUUUAUAUAUUUUCCAGAGUGGCAAAAAGAAAAGUGAAAGAUUUUUUGUCUAAUAUCCUUGAGAUUUAUAUUAAAUCGCUUUCCCUGUUUUUAGUCUUGUGAUAGUCAAUUAGAAUAAUGAAAACUGGAAUUUGGGAUAAAGUGGGCCAAAUAAAAAGUGUCAGUUUUCUCAAGUUCCAUUCUAUAGUCAGAUAAGAAAAUAAAGAACGACAAGGGUGGAGUUUAUGUAUUAUUGCCUAAGGCCUCGACUUAUACUCAGUUAUGAGCCGGGAGGUGAAAUGGACAUGUGAAUAUUGCACCUAUGAGAAUUUUCCAAACGCGUCCAAGUGCACCAUGUGUCAGGGUCCAAAACCUUUGCUCUCAAAAAACAUAUAUCGGCUUAGAGCCGACGAAGAUUCCGGCUUUGUAAAACCCGAAACUUCGUCUUCAGUGCCUCGUAGUGUUAAUGCAGAUUUUUUACAUGAACAGUUAAAACCCCUGAGGAUAAGUGAUUGCAGUGAAAAUACCGCAAGUGCAACUUCUCGUGUUAGUACUGCCGUUAAAUGGUCGUGUAAAAUAUGUACUUACGAAAACUGGCCAAAAUCUAGGAAAUGUAUUAUGUGCGGAACAUCGGCAUCGGCAUCCAACACCUCCCCUACCUCCGGACAACUGCCACUGCAAAACCAGGCGUCUCCGAACAACACUUCAGUGAGACUCACUUCACCAUCUCCUGAAAAAGAUGCUACCAUUAAUGAGGAUAAUACCAUGAAAAGGUCUAAUUCAAGGCGGGAAGACAUUGGAGCUAGUCAAACUAGCAUGACGAAUAAUUAUGAGUUCGAUCGUCGAAGACGAGAGGCGGAUUGGACAUGGCUCAACGCUUGCCUGGGAGUCGUGGAAGGUGAUCCGAAUCCAGUCGCCAAAUUCCUCAGCACUGGGGGCGACCCGACUAGACAGCUAUUGCCCGCCGAAGUCUCCCUUUUGAACAGACCAUCGGCUUUCGAUAUCGGGCACACUUUGGUCCAUCUAGCUAUAAGGUUUCACAGGGAAGAGAUGCUAGCAAUGUUGGUCUCGUCAAUAGACGGAGGCGGUUCCGGAUUGAAAAGAGUCCCUUCUUACAUCGCUCCCGAGCUCGCUUCAGCGAUUCGUAGACACGCAGCUACCAUUUUCAACACGAAACAUUCACGGUCAAUCCCUUUUCCUUUUAUAACUGAAUUCACAACAUUUGUUUUGCCCGCAGAUAUAGAAGAUCUCCCUGCUUCAGUUCAAGAACAACUUUUCGAUGAACUCUUGGACAAAGAUGUACAACAACAGUUAGAAAGCGAACCGGCUGUAAUUAAUUGGUCUGUCGAAAUUACAGUUCAGUUAGGCUCAAGGCUCCACGCUCUUUGGAAUCGGUCUCAAGGUGAUUGCCUUUUGGAUUCUCUGAUGCAGGCGACCUGGGGAGUUUUCGACAGGGAUUCCCUGCUAAGAAGGGCUCUUGCUGACUCCCUCUGCCAUGGAGCACAUCUACUAUAUCCUCGUUGGUUGGAAUCGGAAGCCAAUCAAGCCCGUCAACUGGAUUUCACAUUGAGUGAUUCGCAAUGGGCUGAGGACUGGUCGGCAUUGGUGAAACGAGCGACGCAGCCUGGCGCGUCGCUCCAGCAACUUCACGUUUUCGCAUUGGCUCACGUUCUAAGAAGGCCAGUUCUCGUAUACGGAGUUAAGUUUGUUAAAAGCUUCAGGGGGGAGGCGCUUGAUUAUGCCGGUUUUGAAGGUGUUUACCUUCCAUUGCUUUGGGAACCGAGUUUUUGCAGUACGUCUCCAGUGGCUCUCGGCUAUACCCGUGGUCAUUUUUCCGCCCUCGUACCGAUGGAGUGUUACUCAACCCACACACAUUCUGAUCUCGGCUCGUCAGGAAUUGUCGAGGACAAUCGAGGAGAACAAGUCUGUUACUUACCCCUCGUCGACAGAGACAGAAAAAUCCUCCCAAUUCAUUUUCUCACAAAAUCAGAAACUGGAAGCGAAGAAAGAUUAUUAAGGAGGUGGUUAGAUGUCAAUAUCACAAACGGCGGUCUCCUUGUUGCUCAACAAAGGGUUCACGGUAGACCUUUGCUUGUUGCUCAAAUGCUUCAGGAGUGGCUUAAUCACUAUAAAAGUCUGGCUCAAAUGUCAGGAACGCCCUACAGUCGGACAAUCCCAACACAGGAUUUUUCGAGUGACGGUGACACGGAUGAUGAAUGACCUUAAUAUCUCACAGAAGAAGAGGACAAGGCUCUCUAAAAGAAGUAAUCAAAGUAACAACCUAGCAAAAUACAAAUAUGGGAAAAAAAGCAAACAAAAAAAUUACUAAAAACUGUGAUAUCUCAUCUAAAGAGGAUACAUCGGUUUCUCUUUCUUAUUUGCCUCUUUAAUCAUCAUUUUUUAUAACAUUGUUGUUUAUGCUAUUGUACAUGUGAAAGCUUUUAAUACUGCCAAUCAUUUUAUAUAUACAUAUAUGUUACAUAUGUGUGUAUAGAAAAUAUAAAAGGGUAAGUUUAAGCUGAAAGUUGUUUUCACCAUUUAUUUACAAAUAUGAUUUUUUUUUAAGAGGCUAAUCACACAGAAUAUAUAUUAACAAAUUUGUCUAGUGUCAUAGAAAUUAUACAAAUUGUUAAACAUAGAAGAGAAUGCAAUAAAACAAGCUUCACUGAAUAAUAAGCUCAACAGUUUUAAAAAUUUGUAUUAAAUAAAAUAAAUAGAAUAUAAAUCUUACCAAUUUCAUUGAAAGGCUUUAUUGAAAAUACUAGCCUUUAAUAAAUGAAUCAAAUAACAAAAAAUAUUUACACACCCUAAAGGGUUUUUUUACUUGUACUAGUUAUCAUUAAAAAAAAUAUUGUAAAUAAAAUAGACUUGUAUUAACAAAUUGAUAUUUGAGCGAGUAAAUUCUACUUCUAGCAUUGUUUCUUUUUUGUAAAUUCUUCACCUUUUCUUUUUUUUGCUUAUUUUUAUUUUAUUUGUUGUCCUUUAUUGCCAUGUUAUUAAAUCACGAAUCAAAU